UUCGUUUGACUAGUGUGAGCACUCCAUGCCAUGCUCGGCCGUGGUUCGGCCAGGGCACGGUUCGGUUGGGCUCGGUUGCGGUGAGCGUGAUUGCUCACGGUUUGUUUAGCCGGCCCUGGCCUGAGUUGGAAGAGUUGGGCAAGAGGACAGUUCAUUUUGGCUCGGGCAAGUUACACAUGUUGUGUUUGCUACAUUGCUCAACUUGCAUCAUGAUUGUGUAAAAAGCAGAUGCAAAGCCUCUAACGUUUACUGAAAACAUGAGAACUGUUGAGACAGUGUGUAUAGAUUAUGUUUGUUCCCUCAGAGUACCAAACCAAGGCGUUCCUGGAAACACACUAAUUUUAAAAGCCACAAAAAUAUUUGAGUAUAUUGUGAUCUUAAUCAGCAUCUGAAGCGACAUGCUUAAACUGUUAACGGUUGCAACAAAUAAAACUUAAAAUUAGCAAGUAUGCAAGGCAUGUCGCAGAGCAUGAGGGCUUUUCUAUCAACGGUUGAGAGGAGGUGGCAAAGGUAAACAGACAUGUGCAUCUCUAAAAAUAACCCAAGGAACCAAACAAGCGCACACAAGGCGGGCCUAGAAGCCUCAGGUGUGCAGGUUACACCCAUGCUGAGUGCAUCUAUAAAAAGGAGAAAUGAAAUAAGCUGUGGAGAAAGAAUAGAAGGCAAAAAUUGAGAGCAAGCUGAGAAAAUUAGGACAAAGAGUCAGAAGAUUUUCAAGAAAAACAAGAACAGAACACCAAAAAAAGAUGUGCUCUGCAUGCACAAAACAUCCUCAUUCUUGUCUGAGAAGGUUUAGAGAUGGAGAAAAGCCACCACUAUCGUCGCCUUCCAUCCCCUCAAAACCCUCCAGACCCCACAGACCUCGUGCUCGACGGGUCCUUUACCCUCCUGGCCUGAGGAAGAUCAUGCCAAAAGAGGAGUCAGAUCCUGCCAGACGCUGGCUGCUUUUGCUUUCUGCUCUGCUUUUUCUCCAAAUCUACAUGGAAGAAGGGCUCUGCGACACUCAGGGUGUCCCAGACCGACCGCAGGUCCAGGAAGAUCAAGGCUCGACGCUUGAGGAGAUUCCCUUCAGCCAGCCGCCUUCAGAAGCAGACUUGGCUCAAUGCUGGGGAAUCGAACAGUCCUGCAACUUGUACUGGGAAAUGAGGAGCUGUUUCUGAGAUCAGAGCCAAAUGUAUAACAGCAGUAUGUGAAUGCAUACACGCAUGCUGAUCUGUACAGGACGCUCGGACGGUGGGCUGCAUGGGUUAGUCUAUUCGCUGAGUGAGCGUUUCCAGCCGUACUUGGCCACAAGAAUGUGUGCAGAUGCUCACACACACACGGGGGAAAAAGAAGGGGCCCUUCUGCAGAAACAAGCAGCGUGACUGAAUGAACUCGCCUGGGCUGGACUGGACUGGAUUUCCUGAAUUUAGUGAAGCGCCACACUCGGGUCGAGGCUCUGACUGUAACCUGAUAUGCACGCACGUCACAUAGUGUGGGGGAAAGUGGUGAAUCACAGAGUGAAAAACACAGUGUGUGUGUCUGGGAAUGCUUCUGUCAUUGACUGUAAAAUAUUUG